AUGCUUAAAUAAUUUGACAUUUUAUUUUUCUUCUGAAUCUCAUUUUCCCUUAUCCUUCAUCUCCACCACAUAACCCCAACUUUUGUUCUUGAUUUCCUCAUUCAUUUAUGUUCACACAUAUACACAAUAAUUUUAUACUUAAAAAAACAGAACCAUUGUAGCAAAGACUAAGGAAGAAGGUUUUAACUAUGGAUCCAAACUUUGUCGGAAUCGACAACCAUGGUAACCUACUACUUGUCUCUGAUCCUAAUUCAAUCACUGAUCCUUAUUUAUAUCUACCCGAUGUGGGUCCACUUGAUUUUGAUCCGAGUUCAAACUCGCUCUUCAACUCGUACCAACUCGUUCCUUCUUCUUCUUCUUCAAAUGUCAACAACACUACCACCGAUCAUUCUUUUGAAGACACUGAUUUUUCAGAAACUGUUAAAUACAUAAGUCAGAUUCUAAUGGAAGAGGAUUUUGAACAAAAACCUUGUAUGUGUUAUGAUCCACUUAGUCUUCAACACACUGAGAAAUUUUUCUUUGAUGCUUUGGAAUCAAAUUUCCCUCUUUCACCUAAUCAACACCCUCUUGAUAUUCUUGAAAUCCCUGAUAGGAAUUGUUCAACUACUUCUACUACUACUGAUUCUGGAAACAGUUCUAGUUCUAAUGACUUGAAGCCUCUUUCUCCUGAUACACCAGUUUCUGGUACUGAUUUUGCUUUCAAUUCAAUUUCUCAUGUGAAGUCUCAAUUUAUUGUUCCUCAACAUAAUAAUAAUAAUAAUAAUAAUAUUAGUGAUGGGGUUUUGGAUUUGGAUUCUUCUGAAACUAAGAUUUUGGCUCAGAAUAUAUUUAGUGAUGCUGAUUCUAUGUUGCAGUUUAGGAAAGGGUUAGAGGAAGCUAGUAAGUUUCUUCCUAAAAAAACUCAGCUUUUUACUGGUUUGGAGAAUAAUACUAAUAGUUUGGUGUCUCAAGAGGGUAAGGGAAAGGUGGGGGUAAUUAAGAUGGAGGGUGGUGGUCUUAGGGGAAAUUCGAAUUCAAAUUCGAAUAAUUGGAGUUAUUCGAAUUUGAAUUCACAUGGUUUGUUGAAGAGUAGAAAGAAUCACGAGCGACAAGGUAGUGAUGAUGAAGAAGGAAGGAGCAACAAGCAGUCUGCAGUUAGUGUUGAGGAGAGUGAAAUAUCUGAGAUGUUUGACCGGGUUUUGCUUAGUGUCGAAAAUGUGCCGCUGUGUGCUGAAGAAAAAGAUGGAUCAGUGGUGGAGAGUAGUAGCACACAGCAUGGUGAACUGGAUGGAGGGAAGGCGAGGUCGAAGAAACAAGCGAGGAAGAGGGAAACGAUCGAUUUGAGGACACUUUUGGUUCUUUGUGCACAAGGUGUGUCUGCCAAUGAUAACAGGACUGCUAAUGAAUUGUUAAAGCAAAUUAGGCAGCAUUCUUCUCCAUUAGGUGAUGCAUCACAGAGGUUGGCUCAUUAUUUCGCGAAUGCGAUUGAAGCACGGAUGGUUGGUGCUGAUACUGGAACACAAAUAUUCUAUAUGAGCCACAAGAUGCUAAGUGCUGCUGAUUACUUGAAAGCUUACCAAGUUUUUAUAUCUGCUUGCCCUUUCAAAAAGUUUGCACAUUUCUUUGCAAAUAAAAUGAUUAUGAAAACAGCUGAAAAGGCAGAAACCCUUCACAUCAUUGAUUUUGGUAUCUUAUAUGGUUUUCAGUGGCCAAUUCUUAUCAAGUUUUUGUCAAAAAGAGAUGGGGGACCACCCAAGCUACGGAUCACCGGAAUUGAGUAUCCUCAAGCUGGGUUUCGACCAGCUGAGAGAAUUGAGGAAACUGGCCGGCGUUUAGCUAAAUAUUGUGAGCGUUUCAAUGUUUCCUUUGAAUACAAGGCCAUACCGUCACGAAACUGGGAGACCAUUCAAAUUGAAAACCUUAACAUUAGGCAGAAUGAGGUUGUUGCUGUGAACUGCUUGGUAAGGUUUAAGAAUUUACUUGAUGAGACAAUUGAAGUGAACAGUCCUAAAAAUGAAGUUCUGAAGUUAAUUAAGAAGAUAAAUCCGAGUAUAUUUGUUCAAUCAAUAGUAAAUGGAUCCUAUAACGCCCCUUUCUUUGCCACGCGCUUCAGGGAGUCGCUUUUUCAUUAUUCUGCAAUUUUCGAUAUGUAUGAUACUCUCAUAUCACGUUCAAAUGAAUGGAGAUUGAUGAUUGAGAGAGAGUUUUUGGGUAGGGAGAUUAUGAAUGUUGUAGCAUGUGAAGGUUUUGAGAGGGUUGAGAGGCCUGAGGCAUAUAAACAGUGGCAGGUUCGAAAUACAAGGGCUGGUUUUAGGCAGCUCCCGCUGGAUAAGGAGAUAAUGACCAAAUUUAGAGAUAAAUUAAGAGAAUGGUACCACAAAGAUUUUGUCUUUGAUGAAGAUAACAACUGGAUGCUUCAAGGUUGGAAAGGCCGCAUUUUGUAUGCUUCGACUUGUUGGGUGCCAGACUUUUCCUUCAAUAUGUUUUCUCCAAACUCCUUUCUGCAUGAUUUUGGUGAUCCCAACUCAUUGAAUCCAAUAACAAAUGGGUUUGAGUUGGAUGAUUCAUCUUCACCUUCUUCAAUCAUAAGCUCAAAUGAAGAAUCUUCAUCAGAAGUGACUAGAUAUUCCAACCACAUCCUCGGAUUCAUAAGUGACAUCCUCAUGGAUGAAGAAGAUGAGUUGGAGCGCAAACCUUGUAUGUUGCAGCAAUGUUUAAGACUCCAAGCAGCCGAAAAAUCUUUCUAUGAUGUUCUUGUACAUAACUAUCCUUCAUCUUAUGAUGAUAGCACUGACCCAGAUGUAAAUUUUGGUCGAACCGCUAGUUUUGAGAGCAAUAGCAGCAGCUGCACCACUGAUAACUCAUGUGAAUCUGAUUCUGUCAACCUUGUUGGCGAAUUUGACUGUUCUUCUUCACAGCUACAAAACUCUUUAUUAGAAGAAAAAAACUACUAUAAUGUUACAGAACCUGAUCCAGUGGUGAUUGAAUCACAAGCUGCUAGUGCUAGCCAUUUUCAAAAUGGAACAUGGAAUUCUAUUCAGCCAGUGAUGGUGGUGGAAGAGGUUUCAGCUUCAGUAGUACCAAUAUCAAGAGAAAAGAGAAGUCAUAAGAUGAAUGAUGAUGAUACUUGUAAUGAACAAGAGGGAAGAGGUAGUAAACUUUCAGCUAAUUUCUCUGAUGAAUUAGAGCCACCAGAGAUAUUAGAUGAGGUGCUGCUUUGCCAAACAGGAAGGACUCAACAACACCAACCGUCGUCACAGAAUGUUGAUUCAGGACGAAAGGCAGCCGCAAAAAAUUCGCGUUCGAAGAGAGUGUUGGCCAACAAUGCUGCAGCUGUGGAUUUGUGGACUAUGCUAACUCAAUGUGCACAGGCUGUGGCAAGCUACGAUCAAAGGAAUGCAAAUGAGCUGCUCAGGCAGAUUAGGCAACACUCUUCGCCUUUUGGUGAUGGACUCCAGCGAUUAGCUCAUUACUUUGCUAAUGGUCUUGAGAUAAGAUUGGCUGCCGAAACGCCUUCGUAUAUGCCACUUGAUGUAUCAACUGCUGGAGAUAUGUUGAAAGCUUACAAAUUAUUUGUUACCGCGUGUCCUUUGCAGAGAAUGACAAAUGUAUUGACAACUAAAACGAUUUUUAGUCUAGUGAAGAAUGAGGCAAGUGUUCAUGUUAUUGAUUUCGGCAUUUGCUAUGGUUUCCAAUGGCCCUGCCUCAUCAAGACUCUGUCAGCAAGACCUGGUGGUCCUCCGAAGCUUCGAAUUACAGGAAUUGAGCUUCCUCAGCCGGGAUUUAGGCCUGCAGAGAGAGUGGAGGAGACGGGGCGGCGUUUAGAAAACUACUGCAAGAAGUUCAAUGUUCCAUUUGAAUACAACUGUCUUGCACAGAAAUGGGAAACUGUCCGGCUCGAAGAUCUAAAGAUAGACAGAAAUGAAAUAACUGUUGUUAGUUGUUUGUACAGACUGAAGAACCUGCUGGAUGAAACUGUGGCAGUGAAUUGUCCAAGAGAAGCUGUGUUGAAGCUGAUAAGGAAGAUUAAUCCAAACAUCUUCUUCCAUGGAGUUGUCAAUGGAAGUUAUAGUGCACCGUUUUUCUUGACUCGGUUUAGAGAAGCACUUUACCACUUCUCAUCAACGUUUGAUGUGUUUGAGGCUAACGUGCCUCGAGAAGACACGCAGAGGUUGAUGCUUGAGAAAGGGUUGUUUGGAAGGGAUGCCAUAAACGUUAUCGCGUGUGAGGGGGCGGAGAGGGUUGAAAGGCCUGAGACCUACAAGCAGUGGCAGGUGAGGAAUAGGAGAGCUGGUUUCAAGCAACUCAGGUUGGAUCCUGAGUUAGUGAAUGAUACCAAAGCAAUGAUGAAGAGGGAAUACCAUAAAGAUUUUGUGGUUGAUGAGGAUGGUAAAUGGAUUUUGCAGGGGUGGAAAGGGCGUGUUUUGAAUGCUUUUUCUGCUUGGGUUCCUGCUUAAGCAAAUGUCCUAAAGGUGUCUUGUAGUAUAUCAUAUGUAAUCCACUCCUAGGCCUGUUGAAAACAAUGUAAUGAACUUCUAAUUUUCUAUUUCUCUUUCUCAAUUGGAGUUUUUAUUUCAGAUAUUGAUGUUGAAUUCACUUCCUAGAUGGAAUAACAUGACAAU